UCAAAUCUUUAAACAUUAUGAAAUAACAUCUGUUAAUAAUAUCCUGAUAACAAGUACUUUACUACGAAAGACAAACAAACAUUUAUGUGAUAGUGGAUUCUUCCUACGCAUUAAAAAUAACUUAUGUUGGACGAAGUCAGGAAAACAAUACUUCUGAAAUAAAGUGAUUGUAUUUGAUAAAUAUUUGCGGUGUGGAUGGUACAAAAAUACCCAGUUCGUAUGGUACUAAUGAAAGGAGGAUUUUUUCGUAAAACAUUGUGGCAGACAGAGUACCUUACCUCGAAAUUGCCUAUGACAGGAAUCCCCAAAAGACCUGUGUUCAGUAUCCCGUCACGCGUGGUCCAGACUUCCUUCGGCGAUACUUUUUGAAUUCAAAGGAAAUGUAUUACUGACAAACAUAAAUAUAAACAAAGCAGCAUCUGACACUGGGAACAUCACAGUCCCUGGAUAACUACAAGAUAAAAUAGGCAUGUGAUAAAUGCUGACAUUGGUGUGAUCCCUAAAACGAUACCUGCAGGCGAAAGUAAACGUUAGUAAAUACUUGAUACUUGAUGUGGAUGAAGAAAAGUACCGAUACAUAGAGUAACUAUACAAUUGCUCGAACAUUACAAAAUAGUUCAGGAAUAAAAACAACUCUGUUUACAAUUAUGCCAGUUUGAUGCUACUUGCCAAAUACCCAGAUUAAAGAUUCAAUAAUCUUGGAAAAUUCCCAAUAAAUAAGCAUGUUUGAAGGCGAAGGUAUCGCAACAGUUUUGUAAUUGCGUUUAUUUCGGUAGAUUUACGACUCAUUGAAAUGUUCACAUCGUAAAACUGUGGAAAAACGGGCUUCAAACUGAAUGACAGAUCACUUUCCUGAUGAAAACCUGAACAUAUGGUCGGAUGUGUUAGCAUCACACUAUACUUGAACAUUUGCAAUUAUACCAUGCGAAACAAAACCUUUAUUACUCAUAUUGAAAUGUUUGUGUUGUAUCGUUAUUAACAACUCACAACUGUGCUGUCAUAAAGAGAGAAGUGAACUUGCGCAAACUAAGGGGAAUAUCUUACGUCCCAGAAUAUUAAUUCUGAAAUUCAGAGAUAGCACCAAUAAGUAUGUCUAUUCAGACAAGUGAUAUGGGGCAACGUGAGCCCAUUGUUGCCAACAGCAGUAUCGGUUGCAAGGAGUGGUGGUGCGAUAAACAGCCUUCGCUGAUAGCCAUGGAAGCCAUCGUCAUAAUUUUGUGUUUUAUCGGAUGCUUUGGAAACCUUAUAACCGUUUUGGCAAUCAUAUUUUCCAGUCUUCGUUACAGUGUAAACUGCAUCCUUGUAGGAAGUUUGAGUUUUGCCGGAUUUCUAUAUUGUUCUCUGAUCUUAUCAUUGCAAGCCGUAAUAUUCCAUCGUCAUUCGACCAAUAUUCCUCAAGAAUUCUGCUCGGCGGCAGGAGGGAUACGUUAUACGCUGACCGGUGUAAUUAUGGUGACGCUAGCACCCAUUGCGUUGUACAGAUUUUUAAAUGUGGUAUAUAUUAAGACGUACCGAUACAUGUCAGAAACCAGACAGCUCGUAAUAACCUUGGUAAUAUGCUGGUUGUUACCAAUGGUGUUCACCAUUCCACCGACUUUCCGGAUUUGGGGUGCAUUCCAUUUCCAACCAUCAAUAUUGAGUUGCACGUUUGAUAAAAGCGCCGAUCAAAGCAACAGGGUAGCCAUGGUAACAGCAGGAUUUAUAGUUCCGUGUCUGUUUAUUGUAUACUGCUAUGUUCGAAUUGGAUGUAAAGCUUAUAAAAGUUUCAAACGUAUGAGUCGCUGGGGUAGUACAACACCGCAAGCAAGAGCAUUGCGUCUAUCAGCUAUGAUGCUUUGUAUAUUUGUAAUAUUUUUUAUAGGAACAUUCCCCUAUUUUGUUCUUAACGUUAUGGACAAAGAGUUUAAAUAUCCCGUUCACCACAUAUGGACGACUAUGUUUGCCUGGUUGUUGUACUGUUGCAAUCCUAUCGUUUACACGCUUAUGGAUACCAACUUUAGAAAUGCGUACAGGAGAUUUCUGAUGGGCGAUUGUGAGAAGAAUCCCGUACGGAGAUCCGGAAGUUCAAUGUCAAGGGCAGUUUCCGUCUAGUAGAAACUUGCCAUUCAAACAUUCCAAGGCAGUUGUUUUCCCAUUUAAACAUAAAUAUUUCCUCCAGGUUAUCCUAACUACUCUAAAAUGACAAUCUUAUAAUGAGUCAAAUUUGACAACACCUGUGAAUCUACACAAAUGGUGUGGUCAUAUGACAUAAAAACAACUAAUGUUUACGUAGUUAUAAGUAAUAAUUGUUGUAAUAAUAAUUACUAUUGAAAAUGGGGUGAUCUUAAUUAACACUUAUGGUUAUGAUAGAAUUCAUUUUAUUGUUGUUGUUUUUAUUCCAAAUUACGAAAUAGCAUAAACUUUGACGAUUCUUCGUGAAUUUUUAUAAUUAUUACUGCAUUAAACAAACAUGUUUACUUAUACAACGUUUCUCAUUGUCGGUAGACUAACAGUAUUUGCGUUUGGUAUAUGUUAUGGUAAGUUUGACAUUUCAGUUGUUAAAGACAAAAUAUACUUUAUAAAUAUAAUUUAGUAAUUCAUAAUCCACAUAUACAUCUCAGAGCGUAGUAGAUGACAAAACAACAACAACUUGUCAGCAGUUACUUAAGUGUAAGUGUAAUUUUCAGAUUAUUUUGAAUAUAAUACCUACAUGAGGCAGAUGGUAAAAUGCGCACUAAAAUCCAUUAUGUAAAUUUAUGAUGUACAACGUCAUGUAUCCGAAUAGCCUAUUGAAACAAUAGGCAGUGUAUGGAGAUGCUUUUCACGUGUACAAUAUUCCAAAGAUGAACUUAAUGAUUUUUUUUCAUAACAUAUAGUUUUGAUUUGCAUUUUAUAAAUGACCAGAAUUACUGUAGUUGGUGCAUCACCAACAAAUAAAUUAUGAAAACUUAACAUGCAACUAAAAAAGAUAUCAAUUUACAUAAUCAUCAAAUAAUUGGAUAAGAAUUAUUUAUUACUUUAACGUUAAAUAAAUAUGAACUUGAAAACUGUAUUGUCGAUAUAAUGGUAUGGCAAAAGGUACCAUUGAUCGCUUUCUUUGUCUGUUAAUAUAAAGUAUUAUAUUUAGUAGCAACGUAGGUAAGCGUCUUUUUUAGUAUAAAAGGGGCCAUGUUUUAUGUACUUCAGUUCAGUCCCUUUUGUAAGUUAGCUUGUAUCUGAACAUUUAGACUUAUUGCUGAAUUUAUAAAAUUGGAACUUAAUUGUUGUGUUGAUUAUGAAAUUAUAUUGUUCGAAAACUAUGUAUAAAAAUUUAAUACAUAACUUAA